GCGUUCUCGGAGGGAGGGAGGGAAAUGCGGGAUGCGCGCGCCUUUCCUGCUAGUGGCGGCGGACACAUUGGCCGCUUCUCGCGAGAGUAGGAGUUUUGGCGAGAGUUUGUGGAAGAUGGCGCCUGUUGUGACAGGGAAAUUUGGUGAGCGACCUCCAGCUAAGCGGCUCACCAGAGAAGCUAUGAGAAACUAUUUAAAAGAGCGUGGUGAUCAAACAGUCCUAAUUCUUCAUGCAAAAGUUGCACAGAAAUCUUAUGGAAAUGAAAAGAGGUUUUUUUGUCCUCCUCCCUGUGUCUAUCUCAUGGGUAGUGGAUGGAAGAAAAAAAAAGAACAGAUGGAACGGGAUGGGUGCUCCGAACAAGAGUCCCAACCAUGCGCCUUUAUUGGGAUAGGAAAUAGUGACCAAGAAAUGCAGCAAUUAAACUUGGAAGGAAAGAACUAUUGCACAGCUAAAACCUUGUACAUAUCGGACUCUGACAAGCGAAAGCACUUCAUGUUAUCAGUAAAAAUGUUCUAUGGCAACAGCGAUGAUAUUGGCGUUUUCCUCAGUAAACGGAUCAAAGUUAUCUCCAAACCUUCUAAAAAGAAGCAAUCAUUGAAAAAUGCAGACUUAUGCAUCGCAUCAGGGACAAAAGUGGCAUUGUUCAACAGACUUCGAUCACAAACAGUCAGUACCAGAUAUUUACAUGUAGAAGGAGGAAACUUUCACGCCAGUUCACAACAAUGGGGAGCAUUUUACAUUCAUCUCUUGGAUGAUGAUGAAUCAGAAGGAGAAGAAUUCACAGUUCGAGAUGGCUACAUUCAUUAUGGCCAAACUGUCAAACUUGUUUGUUCAGUUACUGGCAUGGCACUCCCAAGACUGAUAAUUCGGAAGGUGGACAAACAGACAGCAUUACUAGAUGCAGAUGAUCCAGUGUCACAGCUCCAUAAGUGUGCAUUCUACCUUAAAGACACGGAACGAAUGUACUUGUGCCUUUCCCAAGAGCGAAUUAUCCAGUUUCAAGCCACUCCAUGCCCCAAAGAACCAAAUAAAGAAAUGAUUAAUGAUGGCGCUUCAUGGACAAUCAUUAGCACAGAUAAAGCAGAAUACACAUUUUAUGAGGGGAUGGGACCUGUCCACGCUCCAGUAACACCUGUGCCUGUUGUGGAAAGUCUACAGUUAAAUGGUGGUGGGGAUGUAGCAAUGCUGGAACUUACUGGGCAGAACUUCACUCCAAAUUUACGUGUCUGGUUUGGGGAUGUGGAAGCUGAAACAAUGUACAGAUGUGCGGAGAGCAUGCUGUGUGUCGUUCCUGACAUUUCUGCGUUCCGGGAAGGCUGGAGGUGGGUCCGUCAGCCGGUCCAAGUCCCAGUCACGCUGGUCCGCAGCGAUGGCAUCAUCUACUCUACCAGCCUUACCUUUACCUACACGCCAGAGCCAGGGCCCCGACCCCACUGCAGUGCAGCUGGGGCCAUCCUCAGAGCCAACUCAAGCCUCCUGGCCUCCAGCGACGCAAACACAAACAACGAGGGAAGUUACACAAACGUCAGCACAAACCCAACCAAUGUCACAUCAUCAACGGCGACAGUAGUUUCCUAACCACUGCUCUUUGUGUGGAACUUCUUAAAAACUGACGCUCAAGUGCUUCAAACGACAAAACUGAACAAUUUUUGUGGUUUCGUGGGAAAAAACCUCUUUGAACAUUUAUCACCUACAAGUGCUGAUCUUAGUAGAAGCCACAAUAAAAAAAAAACAUGCAGGAGGAGAUAUGAUCCUUUAUUCAGAAUCUAUUUUUAGUUGUCUCUUUCAAAAUGGGCACGAAAAUAAUAAUAAAAAAGAAGCAAAAGUGGCUGGGAUAAAAAGUUGAACUAGAAAACAUGAAACAUGGACGUAACUUAGUUUUUAUGGACCAAGGAACACUUUAGUAUAAAAGGUACAUUUUCACCAUGCCUUUUUGUAUCACAACAUAUAGUAUGCUUUUGUUACCAAAUAGUUUAUAUUUUAUUUUUUUUCCUCUGAGCAUUUGCUCUGAAGUAUAUUCAGGUUCCAAGCCUCACCAUGCUUGUAUAAUCUAAUUACCAUACUCUUCCAGUUUCUAAUAUAUAUAAAUAUAAAUAUAUAUAUUUUUGGUCUGGGGCUGGAACUGUUGCAUUUUUUUAAACCGAAGUCUUGUGACUUUUUAUGAACGAAUUUUUUUUUGUUUUUAUUUUCAGCAAGUAGAACCUUGUAAAGGCCAGCAUAUUUUUUUUAAGAGUAUAUGAAGUUUGUGCAAAAGCUUUAAAAAUGCCUCUGCCUUGCCUGCAAUACAUGCAAUGUGUGUUACCUUUCGAGCUCCCUUCCUGUCAUUGUGGAUAGUUCUUUCUAUGUGUUUGUUUCUUUUGAAAGUAUUUAUAGUGUUGAGUCACGAGGUUUUUAGCAUUACAAAUGUGGCCUCUUGUGCGGUUACCCAAACUGCUCAGUCUACUGGGAUAUGUUGGUGUUUCGAGGGGUUCUUCCCUUCUUUUCAUACUCAAUACAUAUACAUCUGAACAUAUUUUCAGGAUUUCUUCAGGUUGGCUUUUUUAUUUUUAUUUGGUUUUGCUAAUAUUGUACAUAAUUUGCUAUCAAGUGUAAGUUAAAUACGUGUGUGAUUUUUUUUUUCUCUCCAAGUGGUCUGUUUCCAAUAACUUCAUUUGGCAGCAUGUUUUGUUUUCUGUCUCAGCAUAUGACAUUCUUCUGGAAGGGUUGGCCACAGCCAGGGUGUGAUUGGUGCGUCUUCCUUGUGAAUUGGGAGCCAUCAUAAACUACCAUAGUGAUGCUCAGUCUUUAGGCCCACUUACAAAGCUUGGUGUGAUCUUCUCUCGUUCCCUUUUCUGAGUGUGAAGUGAUUGUACAGUGAAAUGAUAGUACUUAGUAAUGGUUAAUUGCAAAAGCACUGCAAACUAUUUCCACUUUUUCUCUUCCCUGCCAACUGUCUAGUGCAGUUUUCAGAACGGCAAAGUUCAAAUUGCAAGCUAAAUAAGGGUCAGUUUACACCUCUACGUUCUUCUUAUCUCUGGUCAUUUUUAAAGUUCCUUGUGGAAAGCUUUGUAGGACCAUCUGUGAAUGUGUUCAACAUAAGCAGGAUUUUUCAAGCCCCUUACAGAUAGUUAACUAGUUUUUCUUUCCAGCCUUAGUGCUGUAUCAGAUAUCAUUUUGGAGGCUUUCUUACCUUUCAGGAGUAAUUGUCCAUGGUGCUAUGGAGUUUAAGAAAAGCUCAAGAGUAUGUGUUAGCUGUUAGGUUCCCCUGCCACUAUCAUGCCAGUGAUGCAUUGCAUAAUUCAAUUGCACCUGAAUGGAACAUACUGACAAAGCUGUCAUUCCACCUUGAUCUUGUUAAUUGCCAGACUUCAUUCACAGAAGAAAAAAAAGUGGCUAAUUUGGGCCUUGAGUUGCACUAGGCGGCCGUCGUUGGUACUUAUCUUUGGAACUCGUCUUAAACCUCACUUCCCACCCUCCUUUUUGCAGUUUGAAACAAUACAUUUCCAUUUUGUUUCCAAGGACAGAACAAUAUUAAUUUGGUAGGGCACAGUCCUGAUACAAAAUCCUGCUUCUUCUUUUCUAAAGAAGCAAUUGGAAUUUUGGGUAUCUCUUUGCUGCCUCUUAAAUAAGACACUCUGCAGUUGGCUGAUAUGAAUGAAACACUGGGUUACACAGAUGAGAAACCUCAGUGCUUUCACAAAGUGUUUAGUUUUAAAUCAUCAGAACUAUUGUUCAGUGUCUUUUUAGUAGAUUGGGUGUUUUCCCUUUGCAGACUGUAUAGCUAAGGAAGAUUGCAGCAGCUAAAACGUGUAGUUAAAAAUAUUUGGUUAAACCAGUGCCACUGUCUUAACACGUGUUUUGAUUUCUCACAAUAGGCCUUCAUUUCUGCUGUCUUUUCAUACAGUUUAAUAUGUUCCCAACACCAUAGUUGCAAGCUGCUAGUUCUUAAUACUAGCUCAUUACUGCCUUGCCUCAUUUCUUUUUUCAGUGACCAAGGGCAGGAUUCAUUGUGGCCUUAUCUAGUUUAAGCUGUUUACUGGCAUUGACUUGCAAGCCUGUGUAUUUGUCUCUGUUAAAUUUUCUUCGUAUUGUAAUGUGGCGGCAACCCCUUCACCGUGUAUGUUAAAGAUAUUUGAGUAUUCCAUCAUACUGUUUGACUUGUGAGCUGUUAGCCUUUUUCUGACCACCUUUGGGAUCAAAAAGUGUUCCUGUUCUGGGUUUUCCUUACUUUGGGGAAACUAAUAAUCCACAAACACAAUGAAUUAAAACUGUUACAAGCCUUUCGACUCUCACAGAA